AUGAGUAGAGUGCUCACCUCAAACCGAUUUACAGUAUGUUUAAAUGUCAUAUGCACUUCAGGUCCCGACCCAGAUGAUGUGCUGGAUUCCGGCUACACGGACGCCAAUGGAGCUUUCGAACUACAUGGUUCGACAGCGGAACGUACCACUAUCGAUCCACAGCUGAAAUUUUAUCAUGAUUGUAACGACGGUGUUAUUCCAUGCCAACGACGAUGGAAGUUUGAACUACCACAUCAGUACAUCACUUCAGCUGGCGAACCUGCAAAGAUGAUGGAUAUUGGUACAUGGAAUCUUGAAGCACUACUCCCCGGAGAAAGCCAUGACUGUCAGCACUAA